UCGCUUUUGUUAUCGACUGCGAUUUGCAGGGGAGAGCGUUGUCCUCGGACACCUAUAAAACCGAACGUGGAGAUUCGAUGCUUCCUCUCGCGCUCUUCUCCGGUGAUAGAAUUCGUCUGCUUUGGAAUCAUUCCGUCUCUACUAAACAUGAAAUUGUGUUGGGUUCUCAUUUGCUCUCUGACUACUGCCACUGCCCUCUUGUGGCCGGCACUCGGUCCAAACUUCUGGAAGAACAAGCAGCCCUCCUUCACCAAGAUCUGUCUCUAUUCCAACGACCCCAGCCAGUUCACGCCAAUGUGCAUCAUGUGCCCUAACAAUCUCUACCCCAUAGUGUUGACGACUUGUGUGAUGGGGGCGUCCAUUCCUUUAAACGUAUCUUACACGCAAGCAAACUGUAUUGUGGGUAAUUGUGCCGUGAACAUGUCUCCGAAGAACAGGAGAGAUGCGGCGUCCGGCCCUUACCCUUGGCUACGCCCCCUCUCCCAGAGCCCCGACGAUGACGACGAAGGAGUGCGGUCGGUGCCCUACACACUCGUGGUCGACGGACACAACGUCACAGUGACUUCGGUGCAGGAGUACUUUGUCCACUCUGACGAGCAACCCGACGAGGAGGAGGAAGAGGAAGACGAAGAAAUCGAAUGACAACCCGAAGAGGAGGAGGAGGAAGAAAAAAUCGAAUAGCAACCCGGACAUGAACCGAAAUGACUCACCCGGACUGCAGGCAUAAUUUUGUUUAUAGUGAGAAAUGAACGGAAUAAAG